CUUUUCAGCGUAUUCUGCAACGAACAACGGCUCUUGGAGCAGUCUCUUUCAUCAGCCAAAAAAGUAAAAGGAAGCUACAGUUGAUAGUAAAAUGAUGACUAAAUUCGUGAAAUGUGCAGUGCUUAUAAUUGCUGCUGCAGUCUUUCAAACAUCUGAAGUACGCUCCAUCGUUGGUGGACACGCAUCGUUACCAGGAGCGGCUCCAUACAUUGUUGCAAUAAAAACAACCAGUGCUUCGACUUUGUUGUGUGCUGGUGUGCUGAUAAAAACAACAUGGAUACUCACCACAGCGCAAUGCGUGAAUGACAAAACAGCGGCAGAUUUAAAAAUUCUAACAGGAUCCCAUCGCUUGCUUACGAGCAAGGAAUUGUUAUUGGUUAGCAAAAUUGAACGCCAUCCAUCGUACAAACCGGCGAGCAGCGAAUAUAACUUGGCACUACUACAACUUUCUGCGGCAGUCUCACUUUCGUCAAGGGUUACUACAGUUGUUCUGAAUGACGAACCAAUUAUUAGCGGCAUUCCAGUCGUAUUUUUCGGUUGGGGAGCUUCAUCGUACGGCAGCCUUGCGUAUUCAAAUGUGUUGCAGUCACUUUAUAAACGUACACUGUCAACAUCUGAUUGUCGCGCUCAAAGCAAACUGGUGGAUCUAUCAGCUGAUAAUAUAUGUACUAUCGGUCAACCCGGACAAGCUGCUUGCACGCACGACGAGGCAGGUCCGCUGGUACGAUAUGACACGCAAAAACUUCUUGGACUCUUCAAUUAUGGUUCACAGUGCACAGGUCGCUCGCCAGACGUGUUUGUGAAUGUGUUGACUCAUAAAACUUGGAUCGACAGCAUUGCUAUAUGAAUAACGGUAAGGAGUACGAUGAAACGUGACGAAUUGGUCGCUGUUGGUAAUGAAAGAAAUACUGUUAUGUUUAAUCUGUAAACAUAUAUCUAUCUACAUCACACGAAUAAUAACUGAAUUUAAAUUUUAUUGAGUUCAUUAAUGGUAUUAGAAUUUGUAGAUGAAAUUGGAAUCGGUACGUCAAAAAUAGUACAAGUUAACAUUUAACGCGCACAUUGACUGUCGUAUUAAAAAGAUAGCUAACAUGUGUGGUGUCGUAAAUAAACAUAAAAAUUAAUAAAGGGUAAAUGUACCAAUAGUGGUGCAA